CCGCCCAUCCGGCCCCGUCCUUCCCUCUCCGCGCCGCAGAGCCGCCGCGGGGGCGCCAGGUGAGACGCGCGCUCCGAGGCCGCCGCCCCUCCGGCCUGCGCGUGGCCUGGGCCUUGGAGAGUCCAGUUGCCGGGAGCCGAACCCGCGGCGGGGCCGCCAGAUCCCGGGACCGGCCUCGCAGCCGGUAGCCGCCUCGGGACUGCCCCCGGCCGCUCCUCUCCUCACCCCCGCCCCCUCUCAAGGCUUGAGGAUUCGGCGGCCCCGGAGCAGGUGAGGUCCACUGCGCGGGCUCUGACCAUCUUCCUGGGCCCCAGAGGCUUCAGCGUCCACCCCAGCGCCCGGCUUCAAUCUGCCCCCCUCCCCCGAGGCUCCCAGGGCUUGGAGGGGGCGUCCCUUUCCGCGGUCACCCAGCUGGACGGAUCCUUGACGCUGCUCAGCUCCAGGCUCCUUCUGCUAUCCUGGGUGACUGUCACAUGCGGGUUGGACAGAUUUGUCCCAAGAGAGUGACAAAACCCUCCAGAGCCCAGCACCAGGCACCACCUCACCAGCUGCUGGUGGCUUUGCCCACCCAGGUGACUUGAGCCUGACACGCGCUGGGCCUCUGAGCCUCUGUGCCCAGGAGUGGAGGAAGGGGGAGGAAGGCCAGUGCCCGGCUCGGCUCGAGGAGUGUGUGGGUGCCCUGCCCAUCUGAGGCCGGGCCGAGAGGACGCGGGAACAGACCUGAGAUCGCCUUGGGCCAGUUACUCCACUUCCGGUGCCUUGGCCCUUCGGUAAAGCAUGCAGGCCCCGGUGAGUGGGGUCCAGUACAACCGGUGGGAUGGUGGCGACCAGGACGGUGUCAGCAUGUCUGCCGCGUCCAGCCCAGGGGAGGCCUCGGGCUGCGAGAGGACCUGGCGGUGGCUGUGCACGGGCAGGCUGGGCACCGUGCUGAAGGUGCUGGGCGGCCUGGCCCUCUUCUGGGCUGUCUUCAUCCUGGGCUACGUCACCGGCUACUACGUGCACAAGUGCAAAUAGCAUUCCCGGCACCCACGCCUGCAAACGCUUGGAGGGAUGCCCCCCCCCAGGAUCCCUGGACGCCCAGCUCCCUACGCACCCCCACACCCCCACAGCUCCCAUGGGCCGUGCCCACAGACAUGCAAACAGCUGUGCACGGAUUCAGCCCCCUCCCCUAAGGGCGCCCUGGUAAACGGAUCACAGAUCUACUAAAGCAGAGGCCCCACAGGGACACACACAGUCCCGACAGACAGACCCCGGGCGCAUACGUGGCCAGGAGGCUGGGCCCCCUCGCCCAGCCAGGCCCAGCCCCUCCUGGUGAGUCAGGGUGGGAGUGGCUGCUCGUAUCCGCGAGGCCCUCUGCUUACAGCUGGAGCCUACCCCUCCCCAGCAGCGCCCUGGGGUGGGGCCUUCUGUGUGGCCCUAGGCAGGACCCCCCCUCUCUGGGCCUUUCUGACUCCUGGUGUGGAGGACUGUUCUGAGAAGUGCUAUGUCCCUUCUGCCCACCCUUCCCCAGGGGCUGAGACCAGCCCUGGGCAGCUGUUGCCCUGUGCAGAGCCGGGGAGGGACCUUGGCCCUGUCCCCACCCCCCACCCCCCGGGGUUGGGGAGCCUCUCUCUUGCAAAGGUGGCCCAAUAGUUCCUGGGCUGCCCACCUCCCAGGGGCAGGGAGGGCCCAAUGGGAGGGCUGGAGCUGGGUCCCAUCCACCCAGGCUGGCACUGCCAGGGGAGCCCUGCUUUAUCCUCUGCAGGGGACGCAAGCCUGGCACGUUGGUGGUGGUCAUUAAAUGUCUGUUGAACGAGCUGUAGGUAACUGGCCUUUCCCCACCGUCCCCGAGGCCGAGCAGACACAGGGCCAGCCGGAGGCCACCGGAACAGCGGUGGGGCCUGGCCUCCCCAUAGUGUCGCCUGGCCCCACGCCGCUGGAGGUGGCCUCCUUGCUGGGCCUCGGGGGGCCCAGACGUGGCCUGACCAUUGAUAAGGCCCAAGCCGUACUUUGGGGUCACCUCUGCUGCCGCUGGGUCCCACAACACCCUAUCUGACACUCACCUGUCCCCACCUGCCUGAACCAGCCUCCCUGUCCACCUGUUCUGGCCGCCUGUCCCAGUAGACCCCCUCCUGGGCUGCCUGCCCUUGACUACUGCAGGUCCUUGUCAGAAAUGGGCUCUUAGGGAGUGAAGCUCAUGCAGGCCCGAGGGCAGGGACUGGGCCAGAGAAGGGGGGCCACCUAGCAGGUUGUGGGUGUCAGAAAGCCAUGGUCCUUCCACCCCCAGGCCCACCUGAGCUGAGUGCACGUCACUGGCUCCCAACACGACACGGUCCCCAGCGUGCAGUUCUGGCUUGUCCUUGGAGUGGGACAGAAGAGGCCCCUGUCUCUGGGGUGCCGCCCACCCUGCUCUGGCAGCCUCAGUCCCCACUCCUUCCCCACCCCCGUUUGGUGUCCCCCACUUGUGGCCCAAGCCUGGUGACCUGGUCCCGGCACCCCAGCCACGCCUUCCAGCCCCACAUCAUAGGGUAGGAUGCCACAGUGGGGUAAGUGGGGAGCCAGGCAGAGUCUGCAAGAGAAUGGCACCAUUAUCCCGUCGUCUGGGCCAGGACCCCAAAACCUGGGUGGCUCUGGCAGAGGUAGGCAAGGCUGCCCAGGCCCACACCAGCCUCCAGUGGGGACCCCGGGUGUCCAAGGUGCCCUGCAGGCUCUAGGGCCGCAGAGGCUCUCCCCUUCCAGGCUGGCUGAGAGCACAGGUGGGACAGGGCCCCAGCCCUCCCGGGGACCAGGAGGGACCAUGCAGGGAGUCCAAGAAGAGGGUGCAGUCCCAGGGCCAGUGCAGAACUGGGUAACACUGGCUCAGCUCACAAAUGCUUUCUCUGGGGUGACUGGGGCUGCAGCAGACACUUGGGGGACCCCGAGUUGUGGGAGCAGAUGGCUGGGGCCCACUAGGCUCACCCGGUGGACACACAGCUCCAAGUAGUACCAGAUGCUGCGUCCUUGGCCCCAGUCCCUAGGGGGUGGUCAGGGUGGGGUGGCAGGCCGAGGGACAUGGUGCUCCCUCGAUGGGACACGACCUCUGGGCCGUGUUCCAGGACCACAGGGGGCUGGAGGCAGGAAGGAUGAGACCCGUUGAGUCUCCACACAGCCUCCCCUCCCAGGGAAGAUUCAGGAAAAGAGGACCUGCUGAGGGUGGGGCCUGAGUGUCUGAGCGAGCACCUGGGGCGGCCCAAACCCUGGGCCAGGAGAGCCCCUGCUGGGUUGGGAUCGGGGCUCAGGAGCACUUUGGGCCGUGCCUGCACGAGAGCAGGUGGCAGGAAGUGGGCUGGGAAGAUAGGGCCACCGGCAACAGUCCCGGUCCUCAGGACCUCACGUGUCAAGCAGCGAUGGAGGAGAAUGGGUUUUUAUGUCUCCCCCUGCACGGGCCCCUGGAGACAUCAGCAGGAAAGGAUUCACUGCAUGAGGAGCUGAAGUGGCUUUCGUUAAGUUUAUUAAAGGACUUUGAAGAUUGGACUGGCAAAUAAAACGAAUGUCAGAUAUGUUUUUUGCUUUUAGUGAAAACACCCCCAAAUCUCAUGCUGAAUCAAGCUUUAUCGGAUGGGUAGCGAGAGCUGGUGGCUUUUCAGAAGAGGCAGACCUAGCCAUUGCCACUGAGCGCACAGGGUCGGUGACAGCGUGGCCGAGGAGCCCUUAGUCCCAGGGAGCUGAGUGGCAGCCCGCCCCUCCCUGCCCCUCAGGUGGCCUGCCUCACCCCCAGCCCAGGGAAGUGGCCUCUGGCCCCCAGCAGGGUUCCCGUGAGGACAUGCAGCGCUCGCACCACCAUGGUGUCCCAGAGAUAGACAGGUGGGCUCCAGUGGGACAGCUGUCACCUGGCAUGUCAGCUCCAGCACAGCUCAGCCACACGGAAGAGCAAGAGGCUUACCGUGCCCCGUGGGGAGCCUCUGCCCCCAGCCCCACCUCCCAGCUGAAUGCAGAGAAGCCACUUGGCUUCGCUAACCUCCCCCCGCCCCGAUCUCGGCCUUUCCAUGUGGCUGUUUCUGAUGCCCAAAUACGCUGUUCAGUGGGGCUCUGGCCGACACUCCCCAACAGUGGUCUGCCGUUUCUAGAAAGUACAAAAGGAUCCUCUGAGGUCAGAGGCUGCAAGAUGAAAAGCAAGUGGUGUCACUAAGAAAAAAUAAGCCACUUUUUAAGCACCAGGCCAGCAGUCAGCACCACCUCCCAGGGGGCUGGCGUGUCUCCAGGAUCUGGGAACACACUGGUUCCUGGACACCCCUGGAUGUACAAGCAGACAGAUGUCCUGUGACCCAUGACGGAACAGAAAUACCAAAAACAAAGGAUGCUGGGGACCACUCCCUGCUCGCAUACGUGGGGACCCGUCUGCUCUCUCCAGUCAGUGUCCAGCUGGUGACUGCUGAUCAUCGACAAAUAAUUCACUGGUGGCCCAUUUCACAGGGGAAAGCCUGCACCCUGGCCAGAGGCAGGUCCCGGCACCUGCUCACCACUCCAGCCUCCAGCGCUCCUUUACCAGCGCUCAAACCCCAAGGAUAGGCUUGCCCGCCUGGCCCGGCAGCAGGAAGGCAACACCCGAGUCUAGCCACGCGCCACUGCCUCCAGACAAAGGGCCCGUUCACCCCCACCCCAGCCCUCCUGGAGCCCGUGGACAGCAAUAUGCAGAAAACUGAUUUUGCCAAUUUGAGGAUAUUUUUCUUGAGUUUGAUUUGGUAAAAAGAUUACGAUUUACUGCAAGUUGGAAAACUUAGUAUAAUUCAACAUUCCUAAGCUGCCUACCGGCAUAAGAUUUAACUAGAUGCUCUAUCAUAGAAAAAUAAUUGUGCAGGUCAGUAGAAUGCAUGCGGCAGAGCUUCCCGACUUGGAACUGAACAUCCAAACCAGUCAGUCAUCUUCAUCCCUGCGAGUGGUUAUCUGAAUGCAGAGCCCUUAGGAACAGUUAAUUCUGAUCCUCAAAUACUUUCAUGAAAAACAUUAGUAAGAUCAGUUUAGUGUUGUCAAGGCAAACCCACUCAGGAGGAAGACACACAGUGCUGCUUCCCCACAGCACCGUCUAGAAAAACCAAACAGAACACACUACCUUAAAAAAAUGCUGAGGUAAGUGUAAUGAAUAAUUUAACAUCACCACACAAAAGCCUCUGUAAAAUAGGCAAAACCGACCGAGUCUGACCAGGGCCCGUCAGCGGACCACGGUGACGUGGGGGGCGGCGACACCCAGGUCCGUCUUGGAUGGGUACACCACCCUCAGGCUGCCCUCCAGGUCCACGACACGCACCUGCUCCACGACCAGCGGGGCACCUCCGUCCUGGCCGGGGACCGCGUCUGCCUCCGAGUCCGACAGGGACUCCCCCUCUUUAUUUUCUAAAGUGUACUUGUUGAUUUCUGCCAUUUUCUGCAAGUGAAAAUAUCUUUUAAACCUAGAGAUUCCAGGCAACCCAAGGCAGGAAGCAAGAGGCUGUCGAGUAAAAGCUGGCAGGAAAACAAAACCCACCCAUCCUGGCUCAGGAACGGCUCCCAAGGAGGCAGCGGCCUGGGGGGCUGACUCACCAGAAUGAGCGCGUCCAUGACGUCUUUGCAGAUCUGCAGACUGGCGGCACUCGUCACCUCCAAGAACAAAUCUGAAGUCGUUUUCUUAAUCUUAAAAAGAAGAAAAUCAAGAGAAUUUAGAGAAGUUAGUUACUAAAAGGACACCAAAAAGAAAGUUACUAAAAGUAGACAUCACCAACAGCACCAGCUCAUCUGAAGAGAAACCUAUGAGAUAGUGUACUAUCCAGCACAAGGCUGUGCCACCCUGAAGAAGACAGACUGGCAACUGUGUGUGUGCAAAAUCUCAGUGUGAUGCCAGACGCUCACGGCAACGGGCCUUGCAGAGGUCAGGCCCCCUGUGCUGGCUCCUCUGGGGAGACGGCCUGGCAGACACUGAUGGACAGCGGACAGUGACGGACAGUGGACACCGAUGGCGCUGCCCGUACCUUGGUCUUCUCACUGUUGAUGAUCGGUGGGAAAGAAAUCACAUCACCAUCAGCGUCCACUAGACAAGGGUAGUUUUCCUUUCCAUCCAGUAAGUGAAGGUAUCUGUGUGGAAAGAACACAAAUUACAGAGAUCACCAUAAAAAACACACUAAGGGUUAAACAGACAAAUGAAGAUGUUUUUUUGGAUGAAGGAAGUGUAAAAUCAAGGGCAAAUAUCUAACCAGCUUCAGGCAACAGAACGCUCUGAAACAUCACUAACGAUCCCGUCGUUUAAGCAGAGCUGGCCCAGGGACCUUCACCCGCAAGCAUGUCCCGGCUGCAUGCAACCUGGGCAGACGCAGGUGCUGUCUGCAUUUGGGCCAACAGCUGGAGGACACGCUCCGACCGAGGCUCGGCUUCCCUGGGGCCCGUGGGCAACACCUCUCCUGGCCUCGCCUGUUCUGGGCUCCCUUUCCCGAGUGUCCCCCGCUCCUGUGGAGGUGGCACAAAACCUGCACCAACACCGUCAGCUUCUCCGAGGAAGCUCCAUGUUCCCCCUCUGCGCCCACGGCUUCAUCCAAACGGGAAACUGGUUUUACAAGAGGGAAUGAAGCUGGUGGAGUUGCUCUUUUAUUUUUAUAACUGUAAGUGAAGUUUUCCACUUUUGGUAACUGUAAACGUUCACUAAGUUGCACACACUGAAGCUGCCAUGGUCUCUGCAGAGGGGCCCUCACAGCUGGCCUGAGGAUGCCCGGGGGCUGCACGCUCCUGCUCCUGCAGCCCGGCCAUCAGGGCGUUCCCUGUGCCAGCGUGCUCCCCACCCACGAGCCCUGCAGGGGUGACAGGGUACGGCUGACCUGUGCAGACCCGAGACGUUCUGCCUCCUCUUCUGCUUCCUCUGUUCCUCAGCCUCCAGCUGCAGCUGCCGCACCAGGUCCUCGGCCUUGGCCUCCCUCCGCCCCAAGGGGACGAUCUGCCGGGGCAGACGAGCGCCUGAUCAGCUUUGAGGAAGGCAUGCUGCCGUUCGCACUGCACUCACCAAGCCCACCUGUCCUGUCGAUGCUGCUUUACAUGUUAAUGUCCCCCCUUGACUCUGCCUUCGUUAAUCUCAAGGCCAGUGAGAGGCGUUCACGGAUGUGGGUGGCACGCCCGUGUGGGGACCAAGUCAACCCCCACAUCACCACGUGGCUGUCUGACAGGAAGCUGGCGUAAAACCGUGCCUUCCAGUGGUUACUUGUGGAGAUGCGAAUGCCCACGCAACAGUUCAGGAAAACCACGCUGUGCCUUUUACUUGGCACACACAGCAGAGUGUCUGUGGCUCCUGAGAAGGCCAAGGGCAGGUGAGGCGGCCGGGCCGUAGCUCAGGCCCGCCUGGAGGGCACCUGGGAUGCCUCCCCUGACCAGGGACCCCCGUGCACCGCAGAGAACCCAACAGACCACAAGCAGGCCUGAAGGGGCGGUGCACCUCACAAUCAACCCCAAGUGCGUGCAACUGGGCUAGAAACCAAAAUUUGUGGUUAAAAGUUGGUAAGCAAAUGAAGGAAACCAGUUUCACAUCAGUCCCUCUUUUGGUAACUACUUCAAUAGUUUCAAAAGAAACUGUAGCUACGGCCUGUUUUUAUUCAUGUAAUCUAGUGCUUCCUAGGAGUAACGCCAGAGCCUACUCUGAAAGCUCUGACUCAAGUGUUAUUUGAAGAUGUCUACAUCGACGUGCAUUUCUUUGGAAGGCCUCGCAAGGGAAACCUCACGGCCAAGCCCAGGGCGGGCACUGGUGGCACCUUGAGGUCCUGAGGUGGCCGCGCCCCGUACAGCAGGGGUCCCUUGAUGGCGCCAAGGUCGUGGGUCGCGAUCGUGGCUGCCGUCCUCUUCUCACACAUGUCCUCGUGGAGCUUGGUCUGCAACACAAGACCGAGGCAGAACCAGGCUCUGGUUAGCUCCGAGGCUGGCCGAGGGGCCGCCUGUGCCACUGGCCAGCCUGCAACGGGAGGGCCUUCAGCCGCGCCCCCCACUGGAGGCUGCCGGACCGGUCCUGCCACUCACCUCACACUCGGCCCUUCUCCCUCGGCUCUCUGCUCUGCCUUCUGACCCAACAGUCACUGUGUGGGAUCGUGACCAGGAAAACUAUCAUUUUCUGCUCACAGCAGAAUUCCUUCUUUCUCUAAUUCUAGAACACAGUGUUUGAGAUUUCAAAGAACCAAUCUUGAACUAAAAUUUAUGACUGAAUAAACAGAAGUCUGACUUAAAAGGAAAA